GUGAGAGGGACCGUCUGGCGACAGCCAACUCCCCAAACCCGCGCGGCUGGAGGGAGACCGACCCUCUCUGCCACCCGGGCUGGGGACCGGGCGGGCGCGAUCUUCAGUUCCCCGGGGCCCCGCAGUCACCCGAGGCCGCAGCCGCGCCAACGGCGGGUGCCAGGAGCCCCGGCCGCAGCGGUAUCCCCGCGCAGCGCGGCCACCUGCCGCUGCGUCCCCGCCGGGCCACCGGUUCCGGGCCUCGGCCCCGUCUCGCAGUGCUCUCUGAAGCCGGGGCAGAAAACGGACACUUGCCAGCCCUUUCCUCCCUCCCCACCCCCGACCCUCGCCUUGCACAACGGAGCGUGGGAUUAAAAGCUGCUAUUGCAAAAGUCCCGCAUGUGACCUUGGGCCUUAUCUCAGAUUGAUAGCAGGAAGAUCUUUGGAGUCUUUGACAAUUUUUAACAGCCAGUGAGGAUUGCGAAUACUCCGGCGCCAGCAGGCAGUAUUUGGGGAUGAUGUCAGCUGUGAGUUUCUUUAAAAAAAAAAAAAAGGCGGUUUACUGAAGGAAAUAUUAAACCAAAGAUUAUUUUUCCCUUUUACCCCUAUCAUUAAUUUACCCAUCCGUGCAUGGGACCACUGACUUCAAAUCAGUUAGUUGUCAGGCAAAAGGAUGAAGAUGCAGGCAAUUUUGAUCACCAUUAGGGCAGAGUUGGGGAAAGAGAGAAGGCUCUUGAAAGUUACCUGUGUUUCCUCUCCCACAUGGGUUUCUUAGUAGAUCUCCCCCCAUGACAAUGUCUUCCAUUAAGAUUGAGUGUGUUUUGCGGGAGAACUGCCGCUGCGGUGAGUCUCCAGUGUGGGAAGAAGCAUCCAAGUCUCUGCUCUUCGUAGAUAUUCCUGCAAAAAAGGUUUGCCGGUGGGAUUCGCUCAGUAAACAAGUGCAGCGAGUGAUUGUGGAUGCCCCAGUCAGCUCUGUGGCCCUUCGCCAGUCAGGAGACUAUGUCGCCACCGUUGGAACAAAGUUCUGUGCUUUGAACUGGGCAAAUCAGUCAACACUUGUCUUGGCCACAGUAGAUAAAGACAAGAAAAACAAUCGAUUCAAUGAUGGGAAGGUGGAUCCCGCUGGGAGAUACUUUGCUGGCACCAUGGCUGAGGAAACAGCUCCAGCAGUUCUGGAGCGACACCAAGGGUCCCUGUACUCCCUCUUUCCCAACCACCACGUGGAAAAGUACUUUGACCAGGUGGACAUCUCCAAUGGCUUGGAUUGGUCUCUGGACCACAAAAUCUUCUAUUACAUCGACAGCCUGUCCUACUCUGUGGAUGCUUUUGACUAUGACCUGCAGACAGGAAAGAUCUCCAACCGCAGAAGUGUUUACAAACUGGAGAAAGAAGAACAAAUCCCAGAUGGAAUGUGUAUUGAUGUUGCGGGAAAGCUCUGGGUGGCCUGUUACAAUGGAGGAAGAGUGAUUCGUCUGGAUCCUGAGACAGGGAAAAGACUCCAAACUGUGAAGUUGCCUGUUGAUAAAACAACCUCAUGCUGCUUUGGAGGAAAGGAUUACUCUGAAAUGUACGUGACCAGCGCCCGGGAUGGGCUGGACUCUGAGGAUCUUCUGCGGCAGCCUGAGGCUGGUGGAAUUUUCAAGAUAACUGGCCUGGGGGUCAAAGGAAUUCCUCCUCAUCCUUAUGCAGGAUGAGUGACAGACCGUCUGUCCUAGUGGAGAAGACUCUGAAGACAACAAGAAAAUUCUAGAGCUGAAAUUUCAGUCUAGUUACCUAAAAAAAAAAAGGAGCAAUGAUAUUAACAGGAUUAAAUUUUUAUUUACAAUUUUUAAAAGGUAGAGCAUUUUUAACAAGGGGUGACAGGUGGUUUCAGUAACACAUUAUAUAGAAAUUUAAAGAGCUGUUCAGCUGUCAACCAGCCUCUUGAUUCUUUGCAAAUUGCUGGUGCCGUUGGGGGAGAGGGAAGGGACCGUGUCUGUUCUUUAUUCCGCAUUCCAUACUUCCUAUACCGAAAGCUUCAAGACGCUAAUAAAUAGUAGUCUGGUAACGCUUA